AUGUGGUGCACACUUUUGCUAAUUGUCGCUCUCGUCGUAUUGCUCGCCGAUGGCUCGUUGGCGAGCAACGCGAUCGGCGACGAGCCGCUUCUGGAUGUGAUGAACGAUAGGCCGAAAAUCAAGGAGGAAUUUGAGGAAGGGUCCGGCGAGAUUGCAGUUUUACAAGAGGUCUCGAAUUCGACGACUACCACCACCACCAAAGCGCCGAUUCCAAUAAGGUGUUUCGAUCAAUCCGUGAGAUGUCCGAAGAUCAAAAAGUUGUGCAACAAUUUGCAAUACAAAAUUAUGAUGACACGAGCAUGCGCAAAAACGUGCGGAAUGUGCCACGAGUUUGUGCGAAUGUCGAAAAUCGAACGCUGCCGCGAUUCGUGGACAAGAUGCCCGGCGUGGGCGAAAAACGGUUUUUGUCAUUCAUCGUAUUACACAAUCGAAGAGCGAAGCGUUUAUUGCACCAAAAGUUGCGGAUUAUGCUCAUAA